CCGGAAGUAACCCCCGAAGGUGACUGAGACUAUUCUGGGGUAUUGAAUUUGUUGGUGGGUGCCACCUUACGUCGAGGGAUUUCGGCACCGGUCUCCAUGGCGCUUCCGAUCGGGAGACGGCUGGCCCUCCUCCUGAGGAGGAGCUGGACGGCGAGUUGGCGGGCGCGGCGGCAGCAGCAGCAGCGGGAGACCACCUCCCGCCCGUGGCCGGCCGCGCGCUCGCCGCCGCCGUUGGGCGGCCGCCCGGGCCCGUGUCCGCGCAUGCGCCACCGGCCCCCGGGCGUCCCCCUCUCCACCUCCUCUGUCGGCAGAAUGGCCUCCAGGGAGUUUAACCCAACUCUCCCCGCCACCGACUGGAAAGUGGCCAAAAAGCACUUGGAGGAAAUUGAUCAGACAGAGAGAAGAUGUUAUUACAAAUCCGAAAGAUUUGUCGUCCUGGAUGAAAUUCCAACGUGGAAGGACUUUUCUGCAAAGGAAGAGUUGAAGCAGCCAGCAACACACUACAAGAAGGAUGACAUUCUGAAUGAAAAGGUUUCACUCUUGCAGGAGGAUCUCACAAAGCUGGAAAUUGAUGCAAUCGUGAAUGCAGCAAAUUCUUCGCUGAUGGGAGGAGGGGGAGUGGACGGCUGUAUUCACUCGGCAGCGGGGCCGCUAUUGAAGAAGGAAUGUUGGGAGCUCGGCGGGUGCAGUCCAGGCGAUGCUAAAAUUACCGGCGGCUAUUGCCUGCCUGCCAAGUAUGUCAUCCACACCGUGGGACCGGUCGUACGGGGGAAGGAACGGCUUCCCGAGAAGGUCCUGCAAAGCUGCUACGAGACCAGCCUGGGACUUGCCCGCGAAAAUAACCUGCGAACCAUAGCUUUCCCCUGUGUGUCAACUGGAAUUUAUGAACGGCGUGAGUACAGCUGUGCAGAGUCCAGCCCCCUUCAGCCUCCUCUGAGAGCAGAGACACCGGUGAGCGCUCUUGACCGUCGAGGACGAGUUCUGGGGCUGCGAGAGAUCGCGUGA